AUGGCGGCGGCGGCGGCCAGCAACUGGCUGAACUGGAGGUUUUUGCUAUGCGUAGUGUGGGUACUGGUGUCGAUGAACAUCUCUGUGUUGCUGAUAUGGAGGAGGAAGAAGAAGAAGAAGAAUGGUGAUGAACAGCCUGAUGACGGUAAGAUUGGUGGAGAAGGAGAAGAAGAAAUUAGCAGCAAUCAAGCAUGGAAGCCAUGCCUGAAAUGUGUUCACCCAGCUUGGCUUCUUGCCUUCAGGCUCUGUGCAUUCUCAGUCCUCUUGCUCCUCCUGGUUGCCAUUGUUCUCGUCGAUGGCGCCGUCAUGUUUUACUACUACACCCAGUGGACGCUUACUCUGGUCACCCUGUAUUUUGCAAUGGGGAGCUUGAUCUCGAUUCGCGGAUGCUACGAGUAUAGCAAAAUGGGAAGCGUGGAUGUGGUUGGCAAUACUGCUGCGGCAGAGUUGGGCGAUGCAGAGCAUGGCGGCGGGCAGAGUUCGAUGAAAGACUCAAACUCUGCAGGCCAAGCUGCGGGUGGAUGGGGUUGUGCAUUAUUUCAGAUCAUUUUCCAGAUAAGUGGUGGAGCGGUGAUGCUGACAGAUAUUGUGUUUUGGUUUGUAAUUUUCCCGUUUCUUGCUAUCAAAGACAAACGCCUCAACCUAUUGAUAGUAAGCAUGCAUUCCAUGAAUGCCAUCUUCUUGCUUGGAGACACUGCCAUGAACUGCUUGCCAUUUCCGUUUUUCAGGAUUGGAUAUUUCAUCAUGUGGACAAUCCUAUAUGUACUGUUCCAGUGGAUUCUGCACGCUUCUGUCAAGAUAUGGUGGCCGUACCCAUUCCUCGAUAUUUCGUCUCCUUCUGUCCCCGUAUGGUACUUGGCAGUAGCAGCAAUCCAUGUUCCUUGCUAUGGAAUGUUUGCUUGCAUUGUGAAGCUGAAGAACACUCUGUUCGUCAAAUGGUUUCGAGACUCCUACCGCGGCUUCAACUAG